GGAUGUGGUCACGAUGGACCUGUAGCGGCUUGACUUCGAAGCUAUAAAAGCGGGUGACUUCAGCCACGCUGGCAGUUUGCGGGGAGACGACGAGUCGUGCUGCAGAUCAAGACAUCGUCAAGUCUUCAUCUUGACCAACCAACUGCAAGAGUCACCGGACAGGACAAAGGCUGAAGAUGACCCGUCACUUUGAGUUUGUCCUGGCACUGGCACUCUUGGCUGGAGCCGUGUAUCCAGCCAAGAGCAUGGCACAACAGCCGGAAGAGGAACAACAACUGAAUGAAGAUGCCUCACCUGAUAUUGAGGAAGUGGAGAUGUUACUUAAGAAGCUGGAAGAUUUGGUGGAGGAAGAAGUGAUGGCCGGUAACAACGGUAUUGAUGAUCGCAAAAGGCACUUACCUGGUGACAUCUAUGACCCAGACGUUGCAUUAGGAAGACCUACGCGUCAGUCGAGCACAGCACAUGGAGGUCCCUCGGCUCUAGCUGUUGACGGUAACAGGAGUCCUCAGCAUUCUAACCGUUUCUGCGCACACACGAAUGAACAAAACGACCCAUGGUGGUACGUCGAUUUGGGACGUUAUGUCACCGUGGACCACGUCACCAUCGUCAACCGCCGUGACUCGUCCUCUGAAAAGAUCACACCCUUCGACGUCCACGUCGGGUCCAGCGCUAGCGUGGUCAGCAACCCGAGGUGUGGCGGGCAUCACCACUUCCCUCCGACUGAGACCGAGAAGGUUGUCGACUGCGGCGGGUUGAGGGGCAGGUACGUGGGCAUCAGGCUGCCGGGGAAGAGGCGAGUCCUGGCGCUGUGCGAGGUGGAGGUAUAUGCAGCUCCAAACCUAGCGUUGGGAAAACCAACGUCCCAGUCAAAUGUCGCACAUAACGGGGUUGCCUCCCGAGCGACUGACGGAUGCAGGGACCCGAACUAUAAUAGCCAGUGCUGCACCCAAACUCCGGCUGAGACGGACCCUUGGCUGCAAGUGGACCUCGGAACCUCGGUCAGAGUGCAGUGGGUCGUCCUCGUGAACCGCGCGGACUGUUGCCGAGAUCGACUCACCCCCUUCACCAUCCACAUCGGAAACAAUGCGCGCGUAGACCAGAACCCUCGCUGCGGCGGGCAUCACACCAUCCUCGCUGGUAAGGACAAGGAUGCCAUCAACUGCAACGGAAUGACAGGACGAUAUGUGGGGAUCCGACUGCCCGGCUAUGGCCGUGUUCUGACAGUCUGCGAGAUAGAAGUCUACACAGGUACGGUGACAAAGAGGACAUCUGAAGUGCGGCAGACCGAGGGAACGGGCUGUGGAGAACAUGAGGAGGGGCAAAGCUGGGUGGGUGAUGAGGAGGAACACAACUGCAACUGUGACGCCGGCGAAGAGUUCUGCUACAAGGUGGAGUGUGGGGAUGAUGGAGAAAAGAAACCCAUCAAGGGCGAAGAAGGGAUGUGGACCUGCGAGGAGACUGAAGAGACCGAGGAAACCGCACGGGAGAUCCUGGAGGAAGCCAUGUAGAAUGGGAUGGAGGACUACAAGGAAUAACUGGCUGGAGUUGUGAAGAUCUGGUCAAGAAACUGAUGGACAUGGAAGUCAACUCGGCGUGACUUUCUUUUCACACGUUCUUAGCUUAUUCUUUGUUGGAAACUAUCUAGUUUGUACCUCUCUUACAGCAUUUUAGAUAUGGACUCUAUUUGCAACUCUUUGGCUUAUGUCAAAUCCAUUUUUCUUUUAGCAGUCGAGAUCUUCUUUCCUCCCUUUUGAACUAUGGUCUUCUUUUCUGAUCUCCUAAAUUAGAGACUUUGGUGCCAGCUGUGCAUCUUAUUCUCUAUUUCAUGACAACUGUACCUCUACUGCCGAGGUGCGAUGUUACAACACAGACAAUGUAUGCUCAUAAGCAGAUCUUAUAAAUUAGUUAGCGGUGUUGACAGCAGUGAGGUUGAAAGGGACGUUCUUUUUUCAAACAAAAGGAAACGUUAAAGUUCUUGGAAUAUAUCUAUAUUUCUACUAGUAAAAGUUAAUUAGCGAAGGCAAUAUCUGCAAUGCUAUAAUCGAAAUAAUAGCAUAGUCUGCACGAAUACAUUGCUUAGGUAAACGUGAAUGGAAUUAUGGAUAUGAAUAUGAAU